AUGGUAUCAGCAAAGAAGCUUCAUACAGAAUUCCCGGUUAUUGAUACAGAUCCUCAUUUUUUCCGUGUUAUUCGCUAUGCAAGACCAUCAGAUUACAUAGUUUUCAUAAUGGGAGUAGCAGGAUUUCCAAUUAGCAUGUUGGUUCUAGAGAAAUUAUCUCCGUCAUUGAACAAGGCGGGUUUAGCACCAGCGCUUCGAUUGGGAGGGUUAUUAGGUAUAUGCGGAGGAUUUUUGUUAGCAUAUCAAAGAUCAAGCUUAAGACUUUGGGGUUGGACAGAAAAUGCACGGGAAGUGAAAAUGGAUAAAGAAGAAAUGGAGCAAAAACGAGCAGAAAACAAACCGUUAUACGGUAAAUCUGAAAUGCCAGAAGAUAUACAAAGGAUCGCAGCACAAAACUCAAGAUACUCAGCACUUAAGUUUUCGGCAUUCCCAUGGUUUAAUUUUGUCAAUCACAAUGAACAUAACACAGAUUCUUCAAAAUAUCAAGACUAA